AUGGCAGGGGACGUGGAAGGAUUCUGUUCCUCCAUUCAUGACACCAGUGUCUCUGCUGGAUUCAGAGCACUGUAUGAGGAGGGAUUACUUCUUGAUGUCACUUUGGUUAUAGAAGAUCAUCAGUUCCAGGCCCAUAAAGCACUGCUGGCCACCCAAAGUGACUACUUCAGGAUUAUGUUUACUGCCGACAUGAGAGAGCGAGAUCAGGACAAAAUUCAUUUAAAAGGUCUAACAGCUACUGGCUUUAGCCACGUCCUUCAGUUUAUGUACUACGGAACUAUAGAACUGAGUAUGAAUACUGUUCAUGAGAUUCUUCAGGCUGCCAUGUAUGUGCAACUUAUAGAAGUGGUGAAGUUCUGCUGCUCUUUUUUAUUAGCGAAAAUCUGCUUAGAAAAUUGUGCAGAAAUUAUGAGACUCUUAGAUGAUUUCGGUGUAAACAUCGAGGGAGUCAGGGAGAAGUUGGACGCUUUUCUGCUAGACAACUUUGUGCCACUCAUGUCCAGACCUGACUUCCUGUCCUAUUUGAGUUUUGAGAAGCUUAUGUCUUAUUUGGAUAAUGACCACCUGAGCAGGUUUCCAGAGAUAGAGCUGUACGAGGCUGUGCAGUCUUGGCUGCGACAUGAUAGAAGACGCUGGAGACAUACCGAUACCAUCAUUCAGAACAUCAGGUUUUGUUUGAUGACUCCAUCCAGUGUUUUUGAGAAGGUCAAAACAUCAGAAUUUUAUAGAUACUCUCGUCAGCUGCGCUAUGAAGUUGAUCAAGCAUUGAAUUACUUUCAGAAUAUUCACCAGCAGCCUUUGAUGGAAACAAAAUCCAGUCGCAUCCGUUCUGCCAAACCCCAAACUACAGUAUUCCGUGGGAUGAUUGGACAUAGCAUGGUAAACAGUAAGAUACUACUCCUAAAGAAACCAAGAGUCUGGUGGGAGCUGGAAGGUCCACAAGUACCUCUACGACCAGAUUGUCUUGCUAUUGUCAAUAAUUUUGUGUUCUUGUUAGGUGGGGAAGAAUUGGGGCCAGAUGGUGAAUUCCAUGCUUCUUCCAAAGUGUUCAGGUAUGACCCACGACAGAAUUCUUGGCUACGUAUGGCAGACAUGUCUGUUCCACGUUCAGAAUUUGCAGUUGGCGUUAUUGGGAAAUUCAUCUACGCAGUAGCCGGAAGAACCAGGGAUGAGACAUUCUAUUCAACAGAGAGAUACGACAUCACCAAUGAUAAAUGGGAAUUUGUAGAUCCUUAUCCAGUCAACAAAUACGGUCAUGAAGGGACAGUACUCAAUAACAAAUUGUUUAUCACCGGUGGAAUCACAUCAUCUUCCACUUCCAAGCAAGUAUGCGUGUUUGACCCUAGUAAAGAAGGCACCGUCGAGCAGCGCACUAGAAGAACUCAAGUGGUUACCAACUGCUGGGAUAACAAGAGCAAAAUGAAUUACGCAAGAUGCUUUCACAAGAUGAUCUCUUACAACGGCAAGCUGUAUGUCUUUGGUGGUGUGUGUGUGAUCUUGAGGGCCUCUUUUGAGUCUCAGGGAUGCCCUUCCACAGAAGUAUACAACCCAGAGACUGACCAGUGGACCAUCUUGGCAUCCAUGCCAAUUGGUAGAAGUGGUCAUGGUGUGACUGUACUGGACAAACAAAUAAUGGUUCUUGGUGGCCUUUGCUAUAAUGGUCAUUACAGCGAUUCUAUUCUCACUUUUGAUCCAGAUGAAAAUAAAUGGAAGGAGGAUGAGUACCCUCGAAUGCCCUGCAAGCUAGAUGGUUUACAAGUUUGCAACCUGCAUUUUCCUGAAUAUGUAUUGGACGAGGUUAGACGUUGCAACUGA